AUGGAUGCCCAACGACCAACCGACCAGUCUCAGAAACUCCGCCUCGAUCCUACGGACGCGCAGCGUCCACCUGACUCCCACUGCCAUGGAUGGUCUAUCCGGCGUCUUCUGAGCAGACGCGGGAGUCGCAGAUACAGCGUUUUGGAACGGCAGCCUAAUCGCCUGAGGAAGCGUAUCAGCCACUGA